UCGAGGAGGUCAGGCGCUGUCUUUCCUUCCCUCCCUGUUCGGCGGCUCCUCCACACUUGGAACCUGCAGGGACCGGGCGAACACCACCCUCUGGAGAAGGCAAGGUUCCGUGGCCAAACCCAUCACUGACGCCCCAGCCCAGGCACCCUGCCAACCCCCACUCCGACCAUGGCUGAAGACGCGGACAUGCGCAAUGAGCUGGAGGAGAUGCAGCGAAGGGCUGACCAGCUGGCUGAUGAGUCACUGGAAAGCACCCGUCGUAUGCUACAACUGGUUGAAGAGAGUAAAGAUGCUGGUAUCAGGACUUUGGUUAUGUUGGAUGAACAAGGAGAACAACUCGAUCGUGUCGAAGAAGGCAUGAACCAUAUCAACCAAGACAUGAAGGAGGCUGAGAAAAAUUUAAAAGAUUUAGGGAAAUGCUGUGGCCUUUUCAUAUGUCCUUGUAACAAGCUUAAAUCAAGUGAUGCUUACAAAAAAGCCUGGGGCAAUAAUCAGGAUGGAGUUGUGGCCAGCCAGCCUGCUCGUGUGGUGGAUGAACGGGAGCAGAUGGCCAUCAGUGGUGGCUUCAUCCGCAGGGUAACAAAUGAUGCCCGAGAAAAUGAAAUGGAUGAAAACCUGGAGCAGGUGAGCGGCAUCAUUGGAAACCUCCGUCACAUGGCCCUGGAUAUGGGCAAUGAGAUCGAUACACAGAACCGCCAGAUCGACAGGAUCAUGGAGAAGGCUGAUUCCAACAAAACCAGAAUUGAUGAGGCCAACCAACGUGCAACAAAGAUGCUGGGGAGUGGUUAAAUGUGCCCACCUGUGUCCUCUUCCAAAUGCUGUCGGGCAAGAUGGCACCUUCAUGCUUUUCUCAUGGUAUUACCUAGUAGGUCUGCACACAUGCACACAUCAAUCUGCCCCCAUUGUGAAUGUUGUCUUGUGUCAUCCAUCAGCCCAACAAUACUAUGUGUCUUUUGUUCUUUCUGGGUCUCUUUUUUCCCAAAGGCUGUAUAUAGUGGUCAUUUGGUGGCUCUAACUCCCUACGUAAGAUGUCCUGGGUUUCAUUUUUUCCUUUUCUCUCC